AGCUGGUCAUUUUCUCACUCGGAACUUCCAUUUUCUCUGAGACCAAGAAACUCGAACGAGUGACACGAAAUUGAUCGAAGUCGGAUCGAGAAUCAGAUCUUCCAAUGCCGGGGAAAUUGCAUAGCAAUCAUCCUUCCUCCAGAUCCAUGUCCAAAACCCUAAUCAUCACCCUCUCCCUCUUCGUCUUUUCUCUCGUUAUCAUCCUCUUCAAUCUUUCUUCCUCCACCAGACCCUCCUCUGGUCCCUACCCGAGCUCGUCGUCGCGGCCAGAGACUUCCUUCGUCGCCUCGCUCGAGCAUUUCUUGAUCCACAAGGCUCCGAAGAUCUCGGUCUCGGUUAGGGACGACACGGUUCAGGCGGAGAGUGAGGAUGAUGGGAGGAAGUUCGAUGAGGCGGUGUUUGAGAGGGAGAAGCGGUGGUUGGACGAGGAUCCGAACUACCCUUUGAGCUUUCCGAUUAAAGUUUACGUGUACGAGAUGCCGAAGAAGUUUACCUACGAUCUUCUAUGGUUGUUUCACAAUACUUACAAGGAGACAUCGAAUCUCACUUCAAAUGGUAGCCCUGUGCAUCGUUUAAUCGAGCAGCAUUCUAUUGAUUAUUGGCUCUGGGCUGAUCUAAUGGCUCCUGAAUCCGAAAGGCAUUUGAAAAGUGUCGUGAGGGUCCAUCACCAGCAAGACGCGGAGUUUUUCUAUGUUCCAUUUUUCACUACCAUCAGCUUUUUCUUGCUGGAGAAGCAGCAAUGCAAAGCACUUUAUAGGGAAGCUUUGAAAUGGGUCACUGAUCAGCCUGCUUGGAAAAGGUCUGAGGGAAGGGAUCACAUAUUUCCUAUUCACCAUCCUUGGUCUUUCAAGUCAGUCCGCAAAUUCGUCAAGAAGGCAAUUUGGCUUUUACCAGAUAUGGACUCCACUGGGAACUGGUAUAAGCCAGGGCAAGUUUCACUGGAGAAAGACGUAAUUCUUCCCUAUGUAUCAAAUGUUGAUCUCUGCGAUGCCAAAUGCUUGUCUGAAUAUUCUUCAAAGAGAACCACACUUCUGUUUUUCCGAGGACGGCUUAAGAGGAAUGCUGGAGGAAAAAUACGUGCCAACCUUGGAGCGGAGCUAAGCAAUGUGAAAGAUGUAGUAAUUGAGGAAGGUACUGCCGGAGAAGGAGGGAAAUUAGCUGCUCAGAAUGGCAUGCGUAGAUCUUUAUUUUGCUUGUGUCCUGCUGGUGACACGCCAUCCUCAGCGAGAUUGUUUGAUGCUAUUGUCAGUGGAUGUAUACCUGUUAUAGUCAGUGAUGAGUUGGAGUUUCCUUUCGAAGGAAUGCUUGAUUACUCGAAGAUUGCUGUGUUUGUUUCUUCCAGUGAUGCUAUACAGCCAGGGUGGCUUGUAAACCACCUGAGAAGCCUUACUCCCUCUCGUAUAAAGGACUUGCAGCGUAACCUUGCCCAAUAUGCCCGGCAUUUUAUAUAUUCCAGCCCAGCUCAGCCAUUAGGUCCUGAAGACUUGACAUGGAGAAUGAUAGCUGGCAAACUGGUGAACGUAAAGCUCCACACAAGGAGGUCGAAUCGGGUUGUGGAAGGUUCUAGGAGUAUCUGCAGAUGUGAUUGCUGGAGACCAAACACUACAUCUCCCAAUCCUCUGAAUCAUGUCUUGGGUUAAGAUCCAUUCCUUUCCGUAUUAGAUACCCUAAGCUGUUGAAUGACUUAUCUUGCUCAUUUUCUUGCACUUGUUUCCUGUUUCUUCUCGUCAAGUAUACGGUUUUUCCAUCCUGUACGCGACUAGUAGUCGUUGAUAACAAUGUUAUAAUGUUUACAUUUCCCACAUCGAUCAUGGGAUUCGUUAA